UCCCAACCUUCACCUACAAACCCAUGUGCUAAUGUUCCCAUAAAGUGUCCAUGGUGCCCCAAAGGAUCCAACAUGGUAUGGAAGUACAACAUUGCUUUUCAUUAUGCAAAAAACCACUCCCCUUCUGUUCCACCUAGCGAAUUUGACAUCUCAUAUUUUGAGCUGGAAGGUCUCAAGAUGGUCUGGAACAAUCACCAUAUGGCAAAUCGAGGGGAAACUAGACAACGGAAACACUUAGCGGUGAAACUCAACAUUUCUGAAGCACAU